AUGUCUGACUUGAGCUUGGGCCCAGUUGAAGUACACAACGUCAAAACUUCAUGGUCAAGGACCGACCAAGAUGAUUUCUUCCACAGAUUAUAUCCAAACUUGUUUGAUCAAAAUAGAUCAUUACGUCAAAUUUUCCACAAUGACGAGUUGGUGAUUCGUGAACAUUCGAACAUAUUUGCUGACUUGUUUAGCUUUAUUGUUGACAACAUUGAAGAUAGUGUUUUGUUGGAUGAAUUUUUAUAUCAAUUUGUCAAGGAAAAUCAAAGAUUUGCGGAAACGGCCGUCAAGUACUUGGAGCCAAUGGGAAAUGCUUUGAUAACAACAUUCAAACAAGUGUUGAACACUCAUUGGACAAGUGUUUUGGAAUUGGUUUGGAUUAAGGUUUACGUUUUUGUUGCUAAUUCCAUUUUGCAAUUGGUAGAUGAUAUUCCAAGUGAGACCAGUUCGAUUGAUGAGGCUGAGAUUCCACCAUUGAAUAUACAGAGAAGCUUAUCGAGAACCACUACUCACGAUGCUGCUGCAGUUGGAUCAGUAGUUGUGGAUUCUGUUCCAACACCACAAACCCCAUCUACUCCAGUUAUGGAUUUCGAUGUGAAGCCAGGUAAAACUAAAGAACCAUCAAUUUUGAAUAAGCAUAACUCGAUUGAAAUUGAUUUGAAGGCAAAUGAAAAGUAUAAGGGUUUUAGAAGAUCAGUUGAUGUUGCUCUGUCACCAAUCCAAGUUCAAAUUCCAACUGCUGACACUUUUCAAAAAGUUCAUCAAGCAAAUCUUUCAUCUUCGUUGAAAUCAUUUUUGCAAACUCCACUUGAAGAAGAUGAAGGAACAUUUACCGCACCAAGACCAGCUUUUGAUCCAAGAAGGAGAAGAGGCUCAUCGAUGUCGCCAUCACCAUCACCAUCACCAUCUACCCCACGUUUGUCUUCAAUCGUCAACAACUCCAAGUUUACCAGUGAUGAGGAUGACCAAGCUGCUGACUCUGAUGUUGAUGACUAUGCUACCCCAAGAGCAAGUAGAAGAGGAUCAUUUUCCGAAAACUACCAACCUUCACCUUUAAUAUUCAACAAAUUACAAACCAGGGAACAAUCAUAUCCUGAUCCUCAAGUUGAUGAUGAUGCUUUGUCGGAGGAUUCAAUUGAAGACACUCCAUUUGAUCCCAGACAAAGAAGAAGAAUGGGCGAUAAUAAGAAGGUCGAAGAUAUUCCUUCACCUGAAUCAUCCGAAGUUGAUGAACAGGAAGAGGAAGCUUUUAUGUACAAGCAACACAAAGAUGCUUCCAACUCAGUUCCAGAAAGAUCUUUGAGCAGAGGUGGUUUAACUGGUGGUACUUUUGACUAUCAAUCAUUUGGUUUGAAAGGAUUGGCUCCAAUUGUGGAGGAUGAUGACCGUUCAUCAAAAUAUGAUUCUGAUGAUGAGAACAAGUUGAACACAAGGAAAUCAAGUUCUGGAUCAAGUUGUGGUGAGUCAGAUUCUAGAGCUAGUUCAUUGUCAUUACAUCAUUCCGAUUACAAAUCCUCAAUCUCAUCAGGCGUCGACUCAUACCAUAAUGUUAAAGGUGCUGGUGUUCACACAAGAAAUGCCUCAGCUGAAUCUGAUGACUUCCAAUUCUUUACCCCAGCCACUAAAGUUCAACAAUCACAGACCUCACAAGCACAAUGUGGUCACAAGAGGGAUUCAUCAAUGUAUUCACUUAGCAAGAGUUACUCGGCUUCUGCUUUAUCAAUGAACUCAACCUCAAGAGCUUCAUUGGGAUUCAUGAGAUCAUCAUUUGUGUUGAAGAAGGAAGUAGAGCAAAAUGGUUACAAUUAUCCCGAAAAUGUUGGUCCUAUUUCAUUACCUUCAACACCGAGAAUUAACAGUCCGCCAUCUAUGAGCAACACUUUGAAACCACAACAACCAUUAUAUGUACAUAAGGCUAGAUCAGCAAGCUCACUCAAAAUGGGAAGCAAGAAUGACAGCAUGCAAAGCUUUGUAUCAGCUAAUGACAAUUCCUACGAUAUGAUUAAUGCUUUUGUCACUAACUUGGAAUUGGGAAAGCAAUCUUCAACAGGUGUUAAUGAAAAAUCAAGCGCACCAGCUAAGAAGAAUGGUUUCUUUGGCAGAGUUACGUCAUUGUUUUCUACCAAGUCUACAAAUUCAACUCCAAAAGCUACUCCAAAAUCUACGCCAGCACCAUCUAGAAAACAAUCUGUUGCUACCCUUCCCAAAUCAGUACCAUAUGGAGAUCUUGCUAACAAACCACUUCCAAAGGUGUCGCAGCCAACCAUGAUGGCCAAGUCUGAUUCUGCUUACUCUGCUUCUUCAUCUGCUGGCUCAACAAGACAACCAUCAUCAUUGUUCACUCCAUAUGCCAAACCAUCGGUUAGUGCUAGCUCCACCAACUUGUCAUCAAUGACAAGCACUAGUGCUUCAUUGUUUGCUGCCAAUACCAACAACUCCAGUCGCUACAAGAAUGGUGCCUCAAAUCAUGAUUUGAAUUCAGUUUACUCCAACGGAACCUCAGGUACUAGAAUUACUGUUUUUAGAAAGAAGGAUCAUGGUGAACCAAAAUACGUUCCUCCACCAACUAAACAUACAAGAAAAGGUAAUAAGUACAAUGUCAAGAAGGUACCAUACAAUGUCUUUGCUUAA